AUGGAUAUCAAGCAGUCAUUUAAGAAUGUCAUCCACAAUGGAUGUUUUAUCAAAAUAUUGACAGAAAAAAUAGAAAGCAACUCGUCUCUUAUGAACAGUCUCAGAGGUCUAAACCAGAAAACAAUACAGGAAAAAUCAAUACCAUUUUUAGAGGAAUUGUCUGAGGAAGAGGCCGAUGCGCCCCGGGGGUGGCGGGCAGUGGCGCUUCUAAGGCCGGCGGAGCGGCUCGCGCUGAACGGACCCUGCCCGCCGCGUCCUGUACAAAAGCGAGCCCAGGGCGUGCUGCUCAAGGCCGCCUACGACGUGUCUUCCUUCAGCUUCUUCCAGAGGUCCAGCGUUCAGGAAUUCAUGACCUUCACGAGUCAACUGAUCGUGGAGCGCUCGGAGAAAGGCAGCAGAGCUUCUGUCAAAGAACAAGAGUAUCUGUGCCACGUCUACGUCCCGUAUGGUAGUCUUGCAGGUGUGGUCAUUGCGGACAGUGAAUACCCAUCCCGAGUGGCCUUUACCUUACUGGAGAAGGUACUAGAAGCAUUCUCCAAACAGGUUGACAGGAUAGGCUGGCCAGUAGGAUCCCCAGCUACAAUUCAGUACACAGCUUUGGAUGGUUACCUUAGUCGAUACCAGAACCCCCGAGAUGCUGAUCCCAUGAGUAAAGUGCAAGCUGAACUAGAUGAGACCAAAAUCAUUCUGCACAACACCAUGGAGUCUUUGUUAGAGCGAGGCGAGAAGCUCGGUGACUUGGUGUCCAAAUCAGAAGUACUGGGAACCCAGUCGAAAGCCUUCUAUAAAACUGCCCGAAAACAACAUUCAUGCUGUGCAGUCAUGUGACGCAGCCCAUAGAGGCCGGCGC